AUGCAACCACCCAAAUUUCUUUCACCUCUCCCCACAACAAACCAUCCCACACCAUCAAAACCAGAGCAACCACCCAAAUUCUUCACUCUCCCCACAACAAACCAUCCCCACACCAUCAAAACCAGAGCAACCACCCAAAUUUCUCACUCUCCCCACAACAAACCAUUCCCCACACCAUCAAAACCAGAGGCAACCACCCAAAUUCUUCACUCUCCCCACAAACAAACCAUCCCCCACACAUCAAAACCAGAUGCGAACCACCCAAAUUUCUGUCACGCUCUCCCCAACAAACAACCAUCCCCACACCAUCAAAACCAGUGCAACCACCCAAAUUUCUUCACUCUCCCCACAACAAACCAUCCCCACACCAUCAAAACCAGAGCAACCACCCAAAUUCUUCACUUCCCAACCAACAAACCCAUCCCCACACCACAAAAACAGAUCAACCACCCAAAUUUCCUUCACUCUCCCACAACAAACCAUCCCCACACCAUCAAAACCAGAUGCAACCACCCCAAAUUUCUUCACUCUCCCCACAACAAAACCCAUCCCCCACACCAUUCAAAACCAGAGCACCACCCAAGAAUUCUCACUCUCCCCACAACAACCAUCCCCACACCAUAA